AUGCAGGCUGCUCGGCGUCUCGCCUGCGCGGGUGACCGCGCUGCCGCGGGCCAGCGUUUGUCCGCGCCGUCCGCUGGCGCGAGGCCAGUUGCGUCCGCGAUGCGGCGGGCGGUAACGGCCGGCGCGGCUGGCGGGGUCGCUUGCUUUGCGGCGCUGUCUUACCGCGACGGGGCAGCCGUGACCCUGGCGAGGCUGGACCACAAGGCCCGCCCCACCCUGGCGAGCAUCCUGCCGCACUCCGUGUUCGUGUGGAUCUAUUCGUCCUCCAGGACGAUGUUCCUCUGGCUGAUGGCGCACGGGGGCGGCCCAAGGGUCGCCGAGUUCCCGAGCCCGACCACGGUCCUGGGGCUGCGGUUCCGCGGCGAUCUCGGGAAUUCUGCUGGGCUGGACAAGGACGCCACGCUGCUCGACUUCAGCUUCGACCUCGGGGCAGGGUUCGCCGUGGUCGGCACCGUGCUCAGCGAGCCUCACACGGGCAACCUGUUCCCCAUGUGGGGUGGGCUGCUGAGCGGCAACGCCUGGACACCGCUUCCGCUGUCUGGGGGCGCUUUGAACUCGCUUGGGCUGCCCGCCCACGGCGUCGACGUGGCCGUGCGGAACAUAGAGGAGUUCCGCCGCCGCCGCGGCAUCCCGCCGCAGGCGCCGGCUGGUGCCGCUGGGGCGCCGCCUCCGUUGGCGGACAGCUUUCCCAUCGGCGUGUCGAUCAUGGGGCACCCGCUGCACCAGGGACAGCAGAAGUUGGACGGAGUCAUGGAGUGCAUCAGAAAGGUGCUCCCAGUGGCCGAUUUCAUCGAGAUCAACGAGUCGUGCCCGAACGUGAAGCAUUCAGGCGAUACGGAUGGGCCGGAUGGGCUUGCCGCGCGGCUGAAGGCGGUCACGCAGCUGCGGGACAGCAUGAGGUCUGCCAUAGGCCGGAGGGUGCCGAUCCUGGUGAAGCUCGGCGACAUAGGUGAUCCAGACACGACAGUGAAGCUUCUCGCCGCCAACGGGGUGGAUGGCGUAGUCGUGCUGAACACACAGCGAGACUAUAGCUCUUUCGAUCUGGAGGCAGGGGACAAGAGCUUGCUGGAGCACUACACUGGCGCCUACGGGGGCGGCCUCAGCGGGCCGCCGAUCCGCGGGCGCAGCGCGGAGCAGGCCGCCGCGCUGGCGGCGGCGGCGCGCCGGCAGCGGCUGCAGGGCCGCUUCGCCGUGGUGCACGUCGGCGGCCUGUCGAGCGCCGAGGACGUCCGGCAGAGCCGCGCGGCCGGGCCAGAGCUGCGCCAGUGGUACACCGGGCUGGUCAACGCGCUGGCGGAGGGCUCAAUUGGCGCCGGCAACCUCUACCCGCUCGUCACUGCCGCGUGA